UCCAACAAAGUUCCUGUCGUGCAGCCAUCCCAUGGAGUCCACCCGCUCACCCCGCUCAUCCCUUACAGCAACGACCAUUUCAGCCACGGCUCCCACUCGCCCCACUUGCCCGCUGACAUCAACCAGAAACAAGGAGUGCACCGUCCUUCCCAGACCUCAGACAUCCCCGGGUUCUACCCGCUUCCUCCCGGUGGAGUGGGACAGAUCACGCCGUCGAUGGGAUGGCAGAGCCAGUCUGUCUAUCCGCUCCCGUCAUGUGGAUUUAGACAGCCAUAUUCGUCAGCGCUUUCUGCUGGGGCUUCUUUCUCCAGGUUCACUCACCCGCUGAUGCUGGGCUCUGGCAUGCACACCACCGGCAUCCCGCACCCCGCCAUCGUGCCCCACUCCGGCAAGCAAGAGAUGGAGCACUAUGACCGAAACAUGAAACCUCAACCAGAACCAAAGAGAGAGAAGGAAGCCAAGAAGCCCACUAUCAAGAAGCCCUUGAAUGCUUUCAUGUUGUAUAUGAAAGAAAUGCGGGCAAAAGUCAUUGCCGAAUGCACCCUGAAGGAGAGCGCUGCCAUCAACCAGAUCUUGGGAAGGAGGUGGCACGCGCUGUCCCGGGAGGAGCAGGCCAAGUACUACGAACUGGCUCGCAAGGAACGGCAGCUCCACAUGCAGCUCUACCCUGGCUGGUCUGCCCGAGACAACUACGGGAAAAAGAAGAGACGAACACGGGAAAAGCAGCAAGACUCCAACUCAGAUCCUGCCUCUCCUAAGAAAUGCAGAGCUCGCUUUGGCCUCAACCAACAAACGGACUGGUGCGGCCCGUGCAG